CCGCAAAAUGCUGGACGGAGGCUUCGAAGGUGGGACUAUAAAAAGGACGUGUGAUGCUGUAAACGACGGGGACCAGGACGCCCCGAUAUCGAGAGAUACUCAGGGAGAGCAAGACAAUAGAACAUGACGGUCGACCACACCCCGCAGCCCAAGUGCCGGAUAUCCAAGACGUACCAGGGCUACGUAGCCCGUAUCGUCUUCCCCGAGCCAUCCACAUCCUCCCUCACCAACGCCCCACGAAAAGAUGCAACAAAACCCACCCUCCUCCCAAGCCCCAUCCUCAUCAUCGACACCUCCCUCUCCAUGUCCCACCACGCCGCCCGCCUCAUUCGUCAGAUCCUCUCCACAACAUUAACCCGACUGGGCUACCCAUCCACCACGGACGUGCACAUCCUCACCUUCGAAACCACCACACACCACUCGCUCCUCCUCCUGUUCUCCCUCCCAACCUUCCCACAUUUCGGCCAAGGCAGCACCUACAUGGCCCACGCGGUUGGAGGCGCAAGAGGGGUUGGGAUGGGUGUGCUUGUUGUGGAGGGGGCGAGGGUGCGGAGGUGGCCGUGGGAGGCUGUUGGGGACGCGGAGUGUAUGGUGAAGCCGGAGGGCGAGGAGGUUGUGUGGUUGGAUGCGGUACCCACGAGGAUGACCGUCGGGGGUGUGGAAGUAGCGGUGGAGGUUGCGGAUUCCGUCAUGGACCGCGCGGGGUACGAGAUGGCGUUGGGAAGACAGAUCGAGGCGUUCCUGCAGCGUGCGCGGGUGUUGAAGGUCGUCGACACCGAGGCGUCCCAGCAGCAGCUGCAGAAGAUGUUGGCCUAUUUCGACGAGUUGGACCGGGCGUGGUUCGCCAGCGAAGAGAAAAUGGCUGCCGAGAAGGAGAGUGAGAGGGGUGAGCAGCAGGUGAAGGAGCCAUUAACCCCCCUGGCGACCCGCUCGCAACGUCUCCGCCGCCUGCUCACCAAGACCAUCGGCAACCGCCUCGCAUCCGUCGUCAACGACACUCGCGUGGGUGCCAUGAACGCGGCCCAGCAAGCCGACUACCUACGCACCGUCAGCGUCACCAAGACCACAAAGGGGCUCGCCAAACGUGGCGCUACUUCCUCAUCGUCCUCCUCCACAUCAACAACCGCAUUCGACUUUGACACCAUCGCCCGCGCGGAAGUCCGCGCCAUGCACGCCCACAUCGCCUCCCUAUCCUCCAUCGACGACUCCCACCACGCCGUCUCCUUCUACUCCCGCGCAACCACCCUCGACGGCAUCCGCACCGUCGCCUCCCUCGCCGACGCCCCCGAAUGCCUCGACACAGCCACCACCCCGCAGAUCCUCGAACUCUUCAACAUCGUCGGCGUCCCCUGCGCCGCGCCCGUGGGGGACUACCCGGACCCAAUGACCUACCGCAUCCACGAGAUAUUCCCCGUGUGCAUGGUCAGUCUUGCCGACGUACUGACCUACAAUUUGGAGUCCGGCGGCGAGGACCUACCUGACACCCGCGACGAGCAAAAGAAUCGAUAA